AUAUAUAAUACCAUAGCCUUAACCCCAAAACAUAUUCCUUUAUCAUUCCAAUUUUCAAAUACAAACCCAUUACAUAAUAUUUUCAUAAAAUUACAUAUUUUCAACCAUAUUAUAUAAUCUUUCAUUUACUCAUCAAGCUUAAUUAGAUCUUGAAUUUGAAGAUCAAAUGGAGAUGAACAAGAAAGUUGAUCAUCAAGAUACCGAAUUAAGACUCGGAUUACCGGGAACCGAGUUCAAAAAUCAGAAUAAUAAAAGAUCAUUUUCUGAUAUUAAGGAAGAAAGCACUACUUCAAAUGUUGAUAAAUCUGAAGAUAAAACCGCUCCUCCUCCAAAGGCACAAGUUAUGGGAUGGCCACCAAUUAGAUCGUACCGAAAAAAUUGCCUUCAAGCAAUGAAAAAAGAGGCAGAAGUUGGAGGAGUUUACGUAAAAGUUAGCAUGGAUGGAGCUCCUUAUCUUAGAAAGAUUGACAUGAAAUUGUACAAUUGUUAUUCCGAACUUCUCAAGGCGUUACAAGACAUGUUCAAAGUUACACUUGGUGAUUACUCAGAAAGAGAAGGAUACAAUGGAUCAGAAUUUGUACCAACUUAUGAAGACAAAGAUGGAGAUUGGAUGUUAUUAGGAGAUGUACCUUGGGAUAUGUUCAUUAAUUCUUGCAAAAGGCUAAGAAUUAUGAAAGGAUCAGAUGCAAGAGGGUUAGGUUGCUUAGCCUAAACCUAAAAAAUCAAAGGAUUUUAAUUUUAAUUUUUUUUUACUUUUUGGGUAAAUGGAGUUUUUAAUUUUAUUUUCCCUUUUUCUUUUAUAAUUUUGGAAAAGGAGUAAAUUUUUUUUCAUGUAAAUUUGGGAGAUGAUCAGCUUUUUGAUCUAUAGCAUCUCAUUUUCAUGUAUAUAAUGCUCCUUAUAAGUUCAAAAGGAACACCUUUUUUUUGGCACAAAGAGUUCUGUAAGAUCCUAUAUGUAAAUAUAUAUAUUGAUGAAAGAAAAAGAUCAAGAAUUUCUUUGGAAUUACAA